AUGUCGUUCUUCGGCUUCGACACCACUCUGCCGCGCGACCAGGGCCACUCUAGCAAUGCCCCGGGCUUCGGCCACCACGAUGCUUUUGCCAGCCUGGGUGGAGGGGCAGCCGAUGACGCUGCUAUCGAUUUCGAGGAGACGUAUGAUGGUCUAGGCGAUCAGCUCGACGAGACCGACGAUGCCUUCAAUGAUGACACCUUUGGGAGUGUCCCAGCUACCCAGCAGACCAUCGGACGGGAUUUUGACUUCGCCGGCCAGACAUCUAUGAUCUCGAAUACCUUGCAGGAGGAGCAGAUGGUCUACCAAGCUCGUCAUCCGGCAUCCCAGCAGCAGAGGCCUCCCAUCCCGCACGCUUCAAAGCCCACCAGGACCGGCUAUGAGAAUUACCAUGAUCCUGACUACAUCCCUCAACUAGAGGCGCGUGCCGACAUUUGGGGUCUCAAGCCUAAGCAGCCAUCUGCUACUAGGCAGCCAGAGCCUCAGCAACAAGGCCCUGCGCUUUCGAGGAAGAUGAUGAGCUUGGAGGAGGUCGAGGCCAUGAUGCGUCAACACCCAGUACAGGCAACACCUCCUCCCGUACCCCAGCAUGUGGCGCCUAGCCAGCCUCCCAUGCCCUCUCACUAUCCGCAGCCCAUUCCUCAUGCACAGCCGUCGUUUCCAGGCAUGCCAGGAUUCCCAGGACAAUUCCAGCCCCAGAUAUUGCAGCGACCCCAACAGCAGCAGCAUCACGCGGGACCGUCAGGCCCUCGACAGCAGCAAGUCCAUGCCGAAUUGCCAGGCCAACCCGUCCAUCCCCAACCGCCGCAGCAGCCGCAGCAGCCGCAGCAGCCCACGAUUCUGCAGAGACAGAGACAGCCCAAUGAACUUGCGGCACAGCAGCAAAGGCCUGCCCAACCGCAAUCCCAAACCCAACCCCAGCGACCGCCUUCUCAACCAAGACAUAUCCUUCAGAAUCCGAAUCGCCUGUCUGGCCACGGCCAGCCUGUCGCGCACUCUGGACACGCAGGAGCACGCGGUCCCCAGCAAGGCCACAACAGAGGACCCUCUUUCCCAGGCAUGGUCAUUACACACCCAGAGCAGCUCAUGGCUCUGUCGCAGGAGGAGCGCGAUGCUUAUAUCGAAGCCGAGGCUAAACGAGCCAAGCGCAACCAUAAGAUUUCUCUGCUAGCUAAAGACAACGGCUUGAUGACGCCCCAGGACAAGAAUUUCAUCACGCGUAUUCAGCUCCAACAGCUCGUGAGUGCGACUGGAAAUGUGGAUGAGAGAGGUCCCGAAGCAGCCAUUGCCGAGGACUUCUACUACCACGUUAUGAGCCAGAUCCGCGGUGGUGCACGCCAAAACCCACAUCAGCCUGCAAAUCAAUUCGCCCAGACGUAUCUGUUCCAGACAAAUAGCAGAUUCGGACCACGCAGGAACGGGCGCAAUGGUGAUAACCACAUGCAGCGCAUGGAGCAGCAAGUUCAGCGAGCAGUCGAGGCAGCAAAGGCCAAGCCAAAGGGCAAACAGCUCGUCAUCGAAGGUAGCUUGGGUAAGAUCGCAUUCAGUAAUGCGAAGACUCCCAGACCGCUUCUUAAUAUAAAGCGACCUGAAACUGGAGACAAGCAUCCCAAGAAUCACAAGUCUUCUGUGGCUCAUCGCAAGCAAACUUUGCGCAACAUCGAAGCGAUAUACAUGACAUUGAUGAGGAUUGAGGACGUUGAUCGAGCUGUGCCUCCUCCGAUUCGUGAAGACAGUUCGCCUGAGGCUAUUCAAGCGCAUAUGGAAUGGCGGUCGAAAAUUGAGGCUCUGCGCAAAGAGCUCUGGGUAAACCUCAAGAUCAUGGAGCCCAUCAACCCACAAUCUCCCACUCCACACCCUUUCAUUUCCAUCCUGUCUCACGCAAAAGGCAAGAAGGCUAUCCAGCGUAUUUUCCCCCACAUCGACGAGCAGGAGCGCAUCACGGUAGUCACCAUGAUUGUUGUUCACUUGGAUCAGCUCUCCGUUGUGUCUCAUGGCACUGCGACACCAGAAGAGCCUUUGAGCCCUGCCAUGCGUGAAGAGAUUGACCUUUUCCUUGGCACCGUUAUCCCUCCGCUGUUCGCUCACGUCUCUGAAUCGCCCCUCAACAUCAUCAUUGGCUUGCUCGGUCUCAUUCUUGACCGAACGAACAUGCAUGUUGUCGCUCGCAGCAAGGUUGGCAUGUCGCUCCUUACGAUUCUCAUCUCCCGCGCCGAGCUCUUGAAGCAGUCUGCGCCUGAAGCUACUACGGACUGGGAACAGUGGGCCGACCUCUACAACCGCUUGUUUGAUGCGGUCGAGCCUGUCCUACCUUUCGUUUUCCCGGGUACCAUCAACGAUACCGAGGACAUGUACAUCUGGCAGUUCCUCGCUGCUAUGGGUGUUGGCGCUAGCCCAGAGCAACAGCAGAGGCUGGUCAUUGGUGUUAAGGAUCGCGUCAUGGAGACCGUGACGGUGAGCAAGGCGCUGCCGGCUGAUAUGGCUGGGGCUCGUCUUGCCAAUGUUAACCUCUUCAUGAGGGCUAUUGGAUUGGACGUGGAAUUGCUUGGUUGA